CCUUUAAACCAGACGUUAAAUUAUUACAUUUCCCACCGGCGGUGUCUCGGUGUUCGUCUGCAAACGUUAGCAAUGAUGAGGAAGUUCCACAGCAGACGUAACGUCAGUUUUUAACGUUAUAACACGUCUCUACGUCUACAUAGUGUCUGUGAAUAAGCUCCUCAGUUAACGGAAGUAACUGUGCAUCUAACUGUUUGUGCAAUUAUUAUGUUUUAUUUUAACUAUUAGCUGCUGAAGUUGCCGUUAUCUUGCACCGACCACCCGCAGACCGAUGAACGGUUAUAACUGGUUAUAACUGAUAAACUGCUUCGUCAUAACAGGUUGUUAGCUGUGGAAAAAGUGUCUGGAGGCAAAGAUGAUGAGGACUGGAGCUAUUUUGAAGUUAGCAGCUCUCAUCUUUGCGUUCCUCCUCGCCGUCUUUCUGGCGUUUCAACUGCUGGAGAUCAACAUGGACUUCAAGCUGAGCAGCGUGAUCUCGAGAUCAAUGCCAGUGAGUGAAGGCUCAACGAAGCCUGUUAGGUACAAGUGUGGACUGUCUAAGUCGUGUCCAGCCGGGAAUUUCGCCUUCAAGAUGGCGAGCGGAGCAGCCAGCGUUGUGGGGCCCAGAGUCUGUCUGGAGGACAAACUAUUAAUGAGUGGUGUGAAGAACAACGUGGGGAGAGGGAUCAACGUGGCGCUGGUUAAUGGGAGAACAGGGGAAGCUACCAAGACAGAUUCCUUUGAUAUGUGGGCAGGAGACGUGGCUCCGUUUAUUAAAUUCCUCAAAGAAAUUGAGGAUGGGACGAUCGUGAUGAUGGCUUCAUUUGAUGAUCCCUCAACAAAACUUAAUGAUGAAGCCAGGAAGCUGAUUUCUGAUCUAGGAAGCUCGGCUGUCAGUAAUUUGGGUUUCCGUGAUAACUGGAUCUUUGUUGGAGGGAAAGGCAUCAAGACCAAGAGUCCAUUUGAGCAGCAUAUAAAGAACAGCGCCGACACCAACAAGUUCGACGGCUGGCCCGAGGUGUUGGAGAUGGAGGGCUGCGUCCCCCAGAGGCAGGACUGAGCCCCUGGUCCUCCAAACCUUACAUUCCUGUCCUCAUGAGACUUUUCAGCCGUUACAAUGAGUGAGAGAGGUGAUUUUACAUUUCACCCUACAGCUUAUUAUUCCAGAGUACCUACCAGAACAAAAUCUUUCCACAAGAUAUUAGAGGGAAAAGUGAUGCAAGGCCCUUCUCUCGCAUGUAGAUGCUAACUGAGGUUUGUUUGAAAGUAGAAGGUAGAGAGCACUGAUUAAAAGGGACACACCUUUGAUGACUGGCUUAUAGUCUAGACGGAUUUCAGAAUAAAAGCCUCCUAUAAGAAGUGAGGAGCAUUUAUGGGUACAAGUCAGGAACCGGUCUACCUUACAUAUCUCAAGGGU